AUGGUCUCUGUCUCUAUCGGCGAUGUGCAACGACUGUUUCUACAAGCCAUGCUUUCGCGUGGUGUUCUUUCCGAGAAGCUUGCAAAAGCUAUCUGGUUGCAGUGCAUCAACGCCGUCAACAUCGAGGAUGAAAAUAUAGAGAUUCCAUACACCAACACAGAGGAAUCAUGGGAUACAUUCCUAAAGAACGUUAACAAUACUAUUAACGAUCUCGAUUUGGAGUUCAAAGGUAUACAAGAUGAAUUGACGGGUAAACGCUUGUUCUCCUUGGUCAAUCGAAAAGACGACGAGACUGCACAAUUGGCCACCGACUUCACUCCGAGCGAAAUCAUAUACUUCAAAGCUAUCGUCGAACAAAUAAUGUCAGCUCGUAAUGAAUCGUUCUCACUUUCAUCGAUGGUUGCCCUUGGAGAGGUCACCGCUCUGAAGGGCAAGAUCAACAUGACCAAAACACAGGCAGAGAAUGUCCUCGCGAGUUUUGUAGCUAAAGGUUGGCUUUUGAGGAGCAAGCGUGGCAGGUACUCUCUGUCCCCUCGAACGCUGCUGGAAUUGUACCCGUACAUCAGGGGUACAUAUGCAGAUGAACUGUUGGAAUGCACAAUCUGCCAUGAGGUUCUCACCAAAGGGAUAGCCUGCCACACACGAAAUUGCACUAUAAGAAUGCAUUACCAUUGCUUCAAAGCAUUCAGGCGUCGGAAUGGAGCAUGUCCUCAAUGUAAAGUGGAUUGGCCACGCGAGGCUUCUGACGUUCCUCUUGUCCCUGUUGGAGAAGACGCUCUACAAGAUGGGGAAGAUAGUAAACGACGUGUAAGGGCCAGGGCCUCUACCAGUAGUGGCGAUUCGGACGAGGACAUGGAACCCUCCCAAACGCAGUCGCAAAGUCAAAGUGGCCCCAGCCGAGGCCAGAAGAGUAAGAAAGGCAAUUCCAGUAAAAUAGAAGCCGACGGCGAAGAAGAUGUUGACGAGCCGGAUGAUGAUGGUGAGGGCCGUCCUCUGAGGACUCAGAGUAAACGUCAUGGCGGAAGGCAUUAG